AUGAAGUUUGGAGGGAGAUUUUCGUUUCCCCAGGAUGAAGAUCUUCGGUUCGCGAAUGCUUGGGUACCAGUGACCCCAGAGAAGGCAAUUUCAGUGAAGCCUCAUCCGAUCCUUGCCAACCCGUAUGCAAACAACCCGCAAGGAGCAAAUUGGCAGCAACAACAGCAAGAAACAACUGGAAUUUCAAGUGAUCGUGUACAAAUGGGGGCUACUUACAAUGGGAUCACUCAAACAGUUAGCCCAAUUGAACAGCAGCAUGCAAAUGGAGGGCGUUAUGGUUACUCUUAUGAUGUAAGUCUGGCUGAGAAAACCGAAAUGGUUGAUCUCAUCACAGGCUCCUACAGCCCAGGCUCCUUCACAGAAUUGCUUUGUAGCGGCAGCUCAAGUUGGAACAACGAUCCAAUGACACAUCUGCUUCAUGAUCAGGCAGCUUAUGUUGCCUCUGAAAACAGGAACCUGAGCACAAGUGCAGACAUAGCAGCAAACACAGCUCUAAUUCCUAAGUUUCAACCUCAUUUGAGCAACCUAGGAAACAGCUCGGGCAGUUUCUUGCUGGCCAAUCAAAAUUUCAGCAAUGGUUCAUAUCCUUCAAGUAUCGUGAUGGGCAGGUCCUUGGCUAUGGAUUUUCCUUCUCAAGUUGACAACAGUCAGAGAUAUUCCAACUCAGUUCAUUGGCUAUAUAGCAACCAAAACCCCUGCUCAAGUUCAAACCCUUUGAAUAAUGGCGCUAGCUCAUCCCAGAUAUGCCAGUAUGGUUUUCCCGUACCAUUCCUACCAAGCUAUGAUCUAAUAAACUCUCUACCAAGAACAGAAGCCGAUGCUGCCACAUCUGCUGCCAGCCAACUCCAAUUCACAACAAAUCAGGCCAAGACUUUGGAGAUCGACGAGCUUUCUACAAUACUGAAAUCCUUCACAAGUGAAAGUGCUAGUAAGGAAAAAGGCAAGCAAGUGAAAUUAGUAUUGUCUAUAGGAGAUGAAGCAGUUCAAAAACAUAGUGACGGCCUCUUGGAGAACAUUGUGGAGUCAUCAUCUGCAGCCAUUUCUACACCAUACAUGGAAACGAAAGAUUAUGGCAAGGAAGGUGACAGAGGGAUUGAUCUAAACAAGACACCACAGCAGAAAACACCCAAGCGAAAAAAACACAGGGCCAAGGUAGUCAGAGAAGGCAAGCCCAAAAGGACACCACAGCAUGCAACUCCAAAUAUUAAUACAGUGUCUAACGAGAGAAGACCAGCAAAGAGGAAGUAUGUAAGAAAGAAUGUCCAAAAGGAAUCCCCAGGUCAACUGUCGCAUGUUCCAAGGGGGACAAUAGACCCUAAUGCUGGAAAAGUUGCAAAGUCAUGCACUAGAGUUCUACGUUUUGGUUCUCAAAAGUCCAUGGAUGAAAACCCAUGCAGAGCAGUUGGUCAGCAAGAGGAGAUGAAACAAGGGAACAAGAGAACUUUUGAUUUGAAUAUUGAUUGUAAAGGGAUGCAUAUGGGCACUGGAACUGACCAGGUUUUUAGAACAAAUGCGGCUGAGCGAAUUGGCGCACAGAAUGAGCUGAUGGUAGAAAACCAGAUACCAGGAACUAUGAGAAACCCAACCCCUUCCAUGACCCAUAUUCUAAAUAACUAUCCAGUCCAGCCCGAAAAGCAACCAUCUGCAGCAGCACUUGCUACAACAAAAGACGUGCAUAUGGAAAAUUUGACUGUCAUACGGAGACAAGUAGAAAAUGGGAAUUCGGAUUUAUGCCAGAGAAGAUGUAGAGAUGGAUACACUCCCAUGCAGCAACAAAGAGAUGCUCAAAGAAUAGGCCAUGAUGUCAUUUGCGCAAAAACUAACGGUGAAAACCUUCAGAGUACUGGAGAAAGUAUCAAGCUUGGCGGCUGUCAAUCAGUAGUAAAACUUCUCUCCAUUCCAAGUGAAGCCAGGGGAUCCAAGAGGGGAUAUUCCGGAACUAUUGAGCACACACAUCUUUCUACCAAUCAUCCACCUAGUUCAUUGUCGUGCCAAGAGAUAUUUCAAAUGGAUCGCUAUCAGAGAAAUAGUUGCACUCGCGGCGAAAAAUUUCCAGAGAGUCGUAAGAAACAGAAAUCUGAUAACGGAUACUUGAGCAUCUAUGAUAUGUCUUCUAAAGUUUCGCCCGUUGAGGAGUGCCUGGGAAAAGUUGAGAAAAAAGGGGAAAAUAGUGUCAGCUCAAUUGGGUUUGCAUCAAAGCUGAAUAAUACAUUAUUGAGUUAUUCCAUUGAAAGUAGCAGAAAGAUAGAGGGACAAAACAAAGGGCUCAACAAGUUUACCAGUGAGACGUACACUCACUCCAUGGCUUCUGGGCGUAGUUUUCUGAAUCAGCAGAACUCAUCCAAAUCACAUUCAUGCCAAGAAUUCGCUCAAGCUCGUAGCUUGUCUGCCCAUUCCUCGAUUGAAACAUGUAACCAGCUUGCCUCAUCACCUUCCAGAAAAUCCUUUCAACAAGGAAACAGGCAGGCAUUUCGAACUCGCCAUGAUAAUACAACCGGAAAGAGGCAGACUGUGUUAACGGGAAAGAAGGAGGAGACUGUAUCGCAAUCGGUUUCAUCAGGUACAGAAAAAGUUCUGCAAGAAGGGGAUGCCUUGUAUGAUAAUCAGAAACCUUCUCCACAAGCAAUAGGGUUUCCAAUAAGGACAAGAUAUACCAUAUCAAUAGAUGACAUCACAAGUCAAUUUAAUGGCCUGAACCUCAAUGGAAGCUGCAGCAAAUCUAUAGAGCAUGAGAAAAAUGUACUUGUCCCAUACAAUGCACCUGGCGCAGUUGUUCCCCAUGACGGGACUCUUAAGAAACGUAAGCCACGGCUUAAAGUAGAGCUUGACCCAGAAACAAAUAGGAUGUGGAAUCUCUUGAUGGGCAAGGAAGGAAGCGUAGGCAUUGAAGAAACUGAUGAGGAAAAGGAGAAGUAUUGGGAAGAGGAAAGAAAGGUUUUCCGAGGACGAGUUGACUCAGUCAUUGCACGCAUGCACCUUGUUCAAGGAGACAGAGGUUUUUCGAAAUGGAAAGGAUCAGUUGUUGACUCAGUGAUUGGAGUUUUCCUUACUCAGAAUGUUUCAGACCAUCUAUCAAGCUCUGCAUUCAUGUCCUUAGCAGAAAAAUUUCCGCUCAAGUCGAGCAAUUGCCAAGCUCAAGACAAGGUUGGGAUGAACUUGUUGGUUAAAGCACCUCAAGUUCGCAUGACAAGUCCAGAGGAUGGCACCAGAUGGCAUGAAGAAGUAUCAAGUCAACCAAUCUAUAACAGAAUUUUUGUGGCACUCCAUGAACCUGCAGAAAAUCAGAGAGGCAGUGAGACAUCAGGGAUGGAAAUGAACUUAGUGGAGGCACAUAGCCAGUAUUUGGAGGAAGAAUUUGCAGCAUCUCAAGAUUCUUUUCAGUCCUCAGUCACUCAAGCUGCUAUAGGAAUCCGAUCCUACUCGGUGCCCAACUCAGAAGCAGAAGAUUCCAUCACUGAGUGCCAACCCAACAAGAUUCAUAUGCCUCUUUCAACAAAUCAAGAGAUGGAGAAAGCGACCACAUUUCAGGAAUUUUACCAAGUAAAUGGAAGUUCAGUAUUAACUGAUGGAUCCAAUAAUGGGUAUAUAGAAUAUGGAAAGCUAAAGACAAGAUCAGACAGAAUCGAUGACCUCAACGGAACUUCUUCGUUCACCAACCUACUCAAUCUUCACAACAGAAAAAUGCAAGUACCAUUUGCUUCUUCCAGCAACAAUCAGUUGUAUAUGUACCCGGAUUUUGGAGAACCAGAUCCAUGUGGAUUUGGAACUUUCAGUCAGGAAAGCAUAUCGUCUUGGCCUCCAACUGCUUCCACGUUCAACAUUGAAAAUGGCGAAAAGUGCGAAAGCUUUAGUAAUGAAGAGCUGUCAGGAAGUGUUGUUAAUGCCUCUGUGCAACAUAAUAUUUUGUGGGGUUCUCAAAAUAAUUAUCAACCAAGUUCAAGCAAUGGAUGCAAUCAUCCUUCCGACUACAGUCAUCAAUGUGAAGGGAACCAAACCUUCCAAUUACAAAACAAGUCAGUCAGAGAGACUCCAAAAUAUACUGAACUUCUGGGAAAGAAGAGUGGCAUGCACCAUGCUCGAAAUGAGCAACUACAUUCCCAUGGCCACCCACAUAACGGCACAAGUACAAAGAUUUCAAAAGGAAGAAAAGGAAAGGCCGUGCGCAAGGAACAGAAUGGAGUUGACUGGGACAUGUUGAGAAAGCAGGUGGAGGGCAGCGGUAGGAAAAAGGAAAGAAAUGAAGACACAAUGGACUCACUGGACUAUGAAGCAGUUAGAAAUGCUGAUGUGAUUGAAAUUUCUGAUGCGAUCAGGAAGCGAGGGAUGAACAAAAUGCUAUCUGAUAGAAUCCAGGGAUUCCUGAACCGACUGGUUAGAGACCAUGGAAGCAUUGAUCUGGAAUGGUUAAGAGAUGUUCCACCAGACAAAGCGAAGGAUUAUUUAUUAAGCAUACAAGGAUUGGGCUUGAAAAGUGUGGAGUGCGUCCGGCUCUUAACCCUGCACCACGUUGCUUUCCCAGUUGACACAAAUGUUGGAAGGAUAGCAGUACGACUAGGAUGGGUUCCCAUCCAGCCACUACCUGAAUCACUUCAGCUACACCUAGUGGAACUGUACCCAGUGUUGGAGUCAAUGCAAAAGUAUCUGUGGCCAAGACUAUGCAAACUUGAUCAACUAACCCUGUAUGAGCUGCACUACCAGUUGAUUACAUUCGGAAAGGUUUUCUGCACAAAGAGUAAACCAAAUUGCAAUGCAUGUCCAAUGAGAGGAGAGUGCAGACACUUUGCAAGCGCUUUUGCAAGUGCAAGACUUGCCCUGCCAGGGCCAGAAGAGAAGAGCAUUGUCAGUUCAAGUUCUUCAAUUGCAGCCGAGACAAAUCCUACUAUAGGUGUUACUCCCAUGUCACGGCCUCCACCAGAAAACAAAUCGCUUCAGAAAGUAGGUACUGAAAUUAACAAGUGCGAACCAAUCAUAGAAGAACCAGCAACGCCAGAACAAGAGUUCACGGAGCUGUCACAAAGUGACAUUGAGGACUUUCCCUAUGAGGAUCCUGACGAGAUUCCUACCAUCAAACUCAGCGUUAAAGAGCUCAACUCGACAAUAAAAUACUAUUUGCAAGGGAACAGGGAGCUCCGAGAAUGCGACACAUCCAAGGCUUUAGUUUGUUUGAACCCAGAUGCUGCUUAUAUCCCUGGCCCCGAGCUUAAGUUUGCCAGUCGACUACGAACAGAGCACCAAGUGUAUGUGCUACCAGAUUCACAUCCACUCUUGGAACGGAUGGACAAACGGGAACCAGAUGACCCAACCCCAUAUCUUCUUGCUAUAUGGGCACCAGGUCAAACUUCGAAUUCAGUUCCACAACCAGAAAGCAGGUGUGGCUCCCAGGACAAAAAUAAAUUGUGCAAUGAGGAGACAUGCUUUUCAUGCAAUACUAAAAGGGAAGAAAAUUCGCAAACAGUCAGAGGCACAAUUUUGAUACCUUGUAGAACAGCAAUGAGAGGGAGUUUUCCGCUCAAUGGAACAUACUUUCAAGUUAAUGAGGUGUUCGCUGAUCAUGAUUCUAGCUACAAUCCAAUUGAUGUUCCAAGGCAGUGGAUAUGGAAUUUGCCAAGACGGACCGCAUACUUUGGAGCUUCUGUAAUGUCAAUAUUUAGAGGUCUAUCAACAGUGGGAAUUCAAUACUGCUUUUGGAAAGGAUAUGUUUGUGUGAGGGGAUUUGACCGGAAAACAAGAGGACCAAGACACAUAAAUCCCACAUUGCACAUGACUGCAAGUGAGUUGACCAAGACUAAAAAGAAAGGAAAAAGAUAA